AUGCCCCUCAUCCCUCGAGAUGUCCAGGAAUUCCUAAAUGGCUAUCCGGAUGGCACUGACGAUAGGACUCUCACCGCUAACCUCGAGUUCUACAUGAAUGAACGACGAUGCCGUCCUGACUAUCUUCGAAUUGACGAAUUACACGACCAAUGGUGGGAAAAUUACGACGUUUUGGAGUACAAUCAUGGUUUCAUCCAGUGGCUCUUUCCAAUCCGAGAACAUGGCAUGAAUUUCCAGUCACAGCCGUUACAGCUGCACGAAAUAGAGUCCAUGAAAGCUAAUCCAGCUGUUGUCAAUCGCAUAAAGAAAUCUUAUGCACUGAUGCUAGACUUCUACGGCAUGAAGCUUGUAUCUGAAGAAACCGGUUGUAUCUCUCGAUCGACGACGUUCAAGGCACGAUAUGAGAACUUGGUUCGAUCUUCACAUAACAACCUCAGGAUAUCUCGAAUCUUGAAAUGCCUAUCUGAGUUUGGGCUCGAACACUUCAAUGCAGGUUUCCUGCUGCAUGUUCUCAAUGAGCAAAGUGAACAUCGCAUGCUGGAUGCCGGUGCUAUUCGGAAUAGCAUGGAUAGGUGGUGGGCAAAUUGUAUCAGAGACGAUGCUGAACGAAACUGGAUCGCUGAAGUCACACGGAAAGUACGCGCAGGAGGCCAGUUUGUCUUUACACGAGAGAUGUAUGAACAGGCUCUGGAAAGACGGCAAAGUGAGGGUAAAUUCUCCUGGAGUAAUAUUAAGUCCUAG